UAUUGGAGCAAACGUCAACGGACAAAACGGUCGCCCCAAUCCGAUCAUUUUACCUUCUCUCUCUCUCUCUCUCUUCCUCGCUGUGCGCAAAAUAUUAAAUUUUCCGAUCUAGAAGUUCUAAAUUUAGCUUUUCCUUCCACGUUUUCUCUUUCUCCUUCACUCCCUAGAAACCCAAAACCACUGCUAAAAGCGAAACCAAGCAAUGGCCACCAGUUUUUUGUCUGCUUAUAUUCCCAUAUUAUACAUUUCAAACUCAUCAUUCAUCACCAACCAGUAGCUUCUUCUCUUCUUCUCUUCCUCUGCUUCUUCCUCUGUAUUUUUAGUUUAUUUUACUUUUUUGAUUUUUGUGGUCGUUUGUUUCCAUUUGGUCAGCAGUUUCUCCUAUAAGUAUGGGUAUCCCUGUAUUCGUAUAUUCAAACUCCCGUGUUUCUCUUUCUUUGCAUGGAUUCCAUUUUCUCUCCUAAUUUGUCGUCAAUCCCUUGUUUCAAAUCUCGUUUUCCUCGAACAUCUGAAUCUGGGUUUUUCACUUCCCGGAAUCUCUUUUCUUCCAUCAGUUUUAGUUCUUCGUCUUCGCGUUCAGGUUCUGGUUUUUCCAUAGCCGCUAUGUCUAACUCCAACUACGAGCCGAAGAUCAUCACCGGUGAUUAUGGUUACGUCCUUGAAGAUGUUCCUCACUUGACAGAUUACCUUCCUCAUAUUCCUACUUAUUCAAAUCCUCUACAAGACAAUCCUGCAUACUCGGUUGUCAAGCAGUACUUUGUCCAUGUGGAUGACACUGUUCCUCAAAAGGUUGUUGUUCACAAGGAUACUCCAAGAGGGAUACAUUUCCGACGUGCUGGACCACGCCAAAAGGUUUAUUUCGACUCGGAUGAAGUUCAUGCUUGCAUUGUAACAUGUGGGGGUCUCUGCCCUGGACUCAACACAGUAAUUAGGGAAAUAGUAUGUGGCUUGUACCAUAUGUAUGGCGUGAAGAGAGUGCUGGGAAUAGGUGGAGGAUACAGGGGCUUUUAUUCUCGAAAUACAAUUCCUCUGACACCUAAAUUUGUAAAUGAUAUUCAUAAACGUGGUGGAACAGUCCUUGGGACAUCACGAGGUGGCCAUGAUACUGCAAAGAUAGUUGAUAGUAUUCAGGAUCGAGGAAUUAAUCAGGUUUACAUAAUUGGAGGAGAUGGAACUCAGAAAGGGGCAGCAGUGAUAUUUGAGGAAAUUAGAAGAAGAGGUCUCAAAGUUGCAGUUGCUGGAAUUCCUAAAACCAUUGAUAAUGACAUUUCGGUCAUUGACAGAUCCUUCGGAUUUGACACUGCUGUUGAGGAAGCUCAACGUGCUAUUAAUGCAGCACAUGUUGAAGCUCAGAGUAUUGAGAAUGGUAUUGGUCUUGUGAAGUUAAUGGGUCGCUACAGUGGGUUUAUUGCAAUGUAUGCUACUCUUGCGAGCCGAGAUGUGGAUUGUUGCUUGAUACCAGAGUCACCCUUUUAUCUAGAAGGGGAAGGUGGCCUCUUUGAAUAUAUAGAGAAACAACUCAAAGAACAUGGUCACAUGGUUAUUGUAAUAGCUGAAGGUGCUGGACAGGAGCUGCUUGCUGAGACCAUGCAAUCAAUCCAGCAGGAUGCUUCAGGAAACAAGCUUCUCCUAGAUGUUGGGUUGUGGAUAUCACAGAAGAUCAAGGAACAUUUUUCAAAUAAUAAGCUGAUGCCUAUAAACCUCAAAUAUAUAGAUCCUACUUAUAUGAUUCGUGCUGUUCCAAGCAAUGCAUCUGACAAUGUGUAUUGCACACUUCUUGCUCAAAGUGCUGUUCAUGGAGCAAUGGCAGGAUACACUGGCUUUACAAGUGGUCUUGUCAAUGGCAGACAAACUUACAUACCAUUCCAUCGAAUCACAGAGAAGCAGAACAAGGUAGUUAUAACAGAUAGGAUGUGGGCUAGGCUUCUGUCUUCAACAAAUCAGCCUAGUUUCUGGUGUGCUAAAGAUUUGAUUGGAGAAAAGAAAGAGGAGAUUGGUAAAUUCAAGACAGAGAAAGAACCAAAAGAUGGGAAGUGUGCUGAAGCAAAGAAAGAGGUCAACUCCAAGUGAUUGAGAUUGAAAUUAACCAAAGUAUUCUAUUAAGAUUGUUAAUAUAAUAUAAUUACAGUGAUAGCUACCACUGGUUUCCUACCACAUAUGUUGGUUGUGUUAGAGUAGUGAUAUUCAGAGAGUUAGUUCUGCCCAUAGUUUUAUUCAGUGAACUAGGAAAUGGCAGUUCUUUGCUGAGAUAAAAUUAGUGUAUUGUAGUGAAUAAUGAAAAAGUUGCAAGCUCAUGCUCUGUACUGUUUUGUAUGUUGAAACGGUUAAAUUUAUAUACAUAUUUUUUAAAAAAAUACA